UUUUUUUUUUUAUAUUUUGACUAAUUGUACUUAGAACAUGGCAAAGCCUAGGAUAAUAAAAAUCCUAAUUGGUUUAGUCACCAUAGGUUUAGUCUCACUUGAAACUAGUGCUGAAUCACCUACUGUUGACUUGACAUUGGUCGCGCCUUGGUCAUCUCCUAAUUUUAUAGUUGAAAUCGCUGAAACUAUAGCCACCUAUAAUGAAACAGCUUAUUUUAACUUUAUUCAGGACUUCAUUGCACUUGAAGAAAAGUCAUCAACGUUGACCCCUCAACAGUUAUAUAAUGAAGCUCUUGAAGUGAUUUCUUCAAUGGGCAUUGAAGAAACUAACUUUUUUAAACUUUCAUUAGCUGUACACGAAUCAGCUCCUCGUAUAGAAGCCUAUAAUCAAUAUUAUCGUGAAAGUGUAAUACCAACACUGUCUAAAUAUGAUGACGACUGUAAUGUGUGGAUUCAAUUUAAAAACAGUCAGAUAUGUAAUGUUCAUCAAUUUAUUAAUCGCUUUAAUGAUUUGCAACAGAAUACCAUUGAAUCGUUGGAUGUUUUACCUUUUGAUCAUGUUUUCAACCCCACUGGUGUCACAACACAUUCUAAACCAAUUUUGAUAUUGUAUACAGACCGAUUUUCUAACUUGUUCGCUGAAUUUCACAGCUUCUUAACGACAGCAGCCAAGGAACAGGGAUUUUCUUAUAUUAUCCGUUAUAGACCUCCAAAAUCAUCUAUUUUUUCACCUUUAUAUCUGUCAGGCUAUGGUGUCGAAAUGGCUUUAAAAAAGACGGAUUAUCUAGUAAUUGAUGAUAGAUCUUCUGAAAAAGCGUCUAAAGAUACUAUCAAGAAUAAAGUCUUAAAUAUGGGCAAAAAAUUCGAACAAUCCUUAUUUCAUACAACUCAAAAAGCUACUAUCAGCCCUUUAACACCUAGUGAGAUUCAUAAACUCGGUUUUAAGGCUGCCCAAUUUGUUGCAAAGUCUUCAAAACCCCUUGAAACAUUAAAUCAACUAAUUCAAGAUUUUCCUAAAUAUGCCAAAAGCAUUAGUGAUAUAGAGUUAGAUACUCAAUUUGAGAAAGAGCUUUUGGACAAUCAACUUGAAGUUCUUCGAGCUGGCAUGAAUGCAGUUUGGUUAAAUGGAAGAGGUCUUGAAUAUAGUCAACUGGAUCCUUUCUUCCUUGUUCGUGCAUUACGUUCUGAAUAUAAGCUGAUGCAAACAUUUAAAAAUCUUGGAUUUACUUCUAAACAAGCAAUUAGUAUUAUCUCUAAUCCAUCAUUGUCUAGCGCCAAUGGUUUUGGAGAGCAAGUGAAUAGUGAAAUUUAUGAUGUUCGUGAUACGCCUGAAGACCCAUUUAUAAUUUGGUGGAAUGAUUUAGAAAAAGAUAAAAGAUAUAGAGACUGGGCUUCUGAUGUGACCGAAUAUACUAGACCUAUUUAUCCCGGACAGUUGCAUCAAGUGAGAAAGAAUGUAUUCAAUCUACUUAUGGUAGAAGACUUGGCUCAAGUUGAGUCUCUUUCUCGAAUUGUUAAUGAACUCUAUGCUAUGGUCAAGCGAUCUGUUCCUAUAAGGUUCGGUAUUGUUCCAAUUAUAAAGAAAGAUGGUAGUACAUCAACUAUUAUGGCUCAAGCAUUGCAUUAUAUGAAUGAGGAAUUUGGGAAAAGUUACGGCAUGAAGUUUUUAACGGAUGUUAUGGAAGGCAUUUAUGCUAAUGGAAAGAGACAGCCUGAUCUAGAGGAUAUUGAAGCUAGUUUCACAAAAAUAUCCACUAUGGCAAAACCUAAAUCUGGUGCUAGAAAACCUUUUGAGGAAGCUAUAAAAACUCAAGAUAUGUUUAUUCAAUCUAGUCAUGCAUUUUUAAAACGUUUAGGUAUCAGUCAUGUGGGGCCAGAAAAUGGGAUUAUGUUUAUGAACGGAAAGCUUCUUGAGCAUAAUGAAGAAAAAAUAUGGACACAAGUCUUAGUGCCCUCUUUGAUGGAAGUUAGUCGAACUAUUAAAGGAAUGGUUUUCACAGGAGAUCUUACUAAUGAUCUCGAUUUCUAUGAAUUUUCCAUGUCUCUCCCUACUGUUCGUCGCACUCGUAAUGAAUACAUUGCACCAUCUAGCUCACAUCCUCUUCGUAUACAAGACUUUAAUCAUGUUGAAAAAAUAAAUGAAUUAAAAUAUUUCCAAGCCGAUGAACAAAUUGUGCCUAAAGCUAAUAUUUGGGUAUUAGCUGAUUUAAAUACCAUUUUUGGCCAGAAACUUGCAUUUGAGGCGAUUAAUUUUGCAGAAAAUAAUCCCAAUGUUAGAGUUGCAUUGGCUCAUACCUCUGCUAAUCAAUCUAAAAUGGAUGCUGAAGUUACUAUUCCUGUAGUUGACGAACAUAAAGAACCCAAAUUUUCAGAUUUACUUGGAAAAAUAAUUUUCAAUAAUGCGGAUGUUAGUAUUUCCUAUUUAAAAGAGCUUCUUUCUCGAGCUAUCGAAAACUAUAUACCAAAUCAAUCUUUUAAAGAUAAAUCUUCUAUUGAAGCUAUUAUUCCUGGUUCUCCCAUUAUUGAAAUGGUUUCAAGUGAACAAUCUAAAAAAUGGAUAACUCUUGCUGAAGCAUUUGAGAAAGAUGGUAUUGAAAAAUCCUUUUUUGGUGUUAUUAUUAAUGGAAGAGUUGUUGGUCCCUUUUCCGAAGAUACUGAAUUUACAAAAGAAAAUUUCGAAACACUUUACAGUUUCGAGUAUUCCAAAAGAAUUUCACCUAUUGAAGAAGCUAUAUCGGAAGCAAACUACACUAUAUCUGUAGAGCAUUCUAAUGCUGAUAUGUUGGCCAAACUUUCUUAUAUUAUUGAGUCAGAUAAAAUGAAUACACCUAAAAGUUUGAUUGAAAACAGUGAGCCAGAUAAUCGCAACAGAAUUUAUCAAAAUAUUCCUGGCACAAAGUAUACACGUAUUGUUAUUGGUGAUCUUGAUAACUCCUUUUUAGAAAUUGGCAUGGUAAUUGAUCCGCUUAGUGAGAUUGCUCAGAAAUGGGUUCCCAUCAUUAACACGCUUGCUGAAAUUGAAGGAGUCGCGGUAGUCAUGUAUCUUAAUCCUGUAAACGGCUUGAAUGAAUUACCUUUGAAGCGUUUUUAUCGAUACGUGUUUGAUAAUGAGCCCCAUUUCGAUCCUACUACUGGUGUACAGACCGUUCCUACAGCCUAUUUUGCAGAUUUACCUGUUGAACCCCUUUAUACAUUAGGUGUUGAUACGACUAAUGCAUGGCAUGUUACAGUUCGAGAAGCCAAUAUGGAUUUAGAUAACAUUCUUUUAACCUCUCUUAAAGAAGAGAAUAGUGUCUCUGCUGUAUAUGAACUUGAAAAUAUCCUUUUAGAAGGCCACUGUCUUGACUCUGCAAACAGAUCUCCUCCACGCGGCCUUGAAAUUGAAAUCACAUCACCCUCAAACCAAACCCGCAAAGAUACUUUAGUUAUGGCCAAUCUUGGUUAUUUCCAAUUGAAGGCCUUACCUGGAGUCUGGGAUUUGGGUUUGCGUGAAGGACGUUCUUCUUCUAUUUAUACUAUUGAAGAUAUUGGAACAAAGGGUAAAUGGAAUUGGGAAGCUGCUGGAAAAGGGGUUGCAUAUACUAGUUCUUUAGCUAUAACUUCAUUUGAAGGCUUGACAGUCAUGCCUCUUGUUCAUAAGAACCCUGGUAUGGAAUCUGAAGAUAUUCUCGAAAGUGGAGAACAUAAAAAAAACAAUGAAAAUAAUGGAUUAUGGUCAUCCUUGUCCAAUAAAUUAUUUGGAAAGAAAGGACAUACAGAUGAUACAAAUCUAGUUUCUCAGCCUAAGCAAGCGGAGAUCAAUAUAUUUUCUGUAGCUUCUGGAAAACUUUAUGAACGUUUCUUAUCGAUUAUGAUUGCAUCUGUUAUGAAGCAUACUAAUAGUACAGUUAAAUUUUGGUUCAUUGAAAACUUUUUAUCGCCUGAAUUUAAAGACUUUGUACCUUAUAUGGCUGAAGAAUAUGGUUUUGAUUAUGAAAUGGUUACUUAUAAAUGGCCCGCCUGGCUUCGUGCCCAGCAUGAAAAGCAACGUACCAUUUGGGGAUAUAAAAUUUUAUUCCUGGAUGUUCUUUUCCCAUUGAGCUUGGAUAAAGUUAUUUUUGUCGAUGCUGAUCAGAUUGUUAGAACUGACCUUAAAGAAUUAGUAGAUAUGGACCUUCAAGGUGCACCUUAUGGCUAUACUCCUUUCUGUUCUGAUCGUACUGAAAUGGAUGGUUUUAGAUUCUGGACUGAAGGAUAUUGGAAGACACAUUUAAGAGGCAAACCAUAUCAUAUUAGUGCACUUUAUGUCGUUGAUCUGGAUCGAUUCCGUCAAUUAGCGGCUGGUGAUCGUUUGCGUGCUCAAUAUCAACAACUUAGUGCUGAUCCUAAUUCAUUAGCUAAUCUUGAUCAAGAUUUACCCAACAACAUGCAACAUAUUGUUCCUAUUUUCUCUUUGCCACAAGAAUGGUUAUGGUGUGAAACUUGGUGUAGUGACGAAAGUUUGAAGACAGCAAAAACGAUUGAUUUGUGUAACAAUCCAUUAACAAAGGAGCCAAAAUUAGAUCGUGCACGUAGACAAGUCCCUGAAUGGGAAAUGUAUGAUAACGAAAUUGACAAAUUACGUAAAAGAGUUGCUGAUGAUAUGACAGUGGUUGCUAAAAACACUGGAGAUCAAAUUAUUCUUAACGAUCGACAGCAUGUAAAAGAUGAAUUAUAAUAUUGAAUAAUUAUUUAUAAUAAAAAAAAAAAAGAAAGAAAGAA